AUGUUGCUCAUUCCCAAAUACAUCAGCUACACCGUGGUAACUGGUACUAGGCCACCAUCGGGUCACUACGUGUUUUGUGAUAUGGACCCCGUGGACAAGUACUACGACAAUGUGCUAAUCAAUCACGAGGUGAACCAACGGCCCCGUAAUAUCAGACACGCGCGUGAAUUCAGCGGUCAAUACAACCGGACAGUCAACCAUCAGUCGGACGAGAGAAUGGGUGUCCAGGACUACCAGAGCCUCAACCGUACGGGCGAUCUGUUAAAAGGACGCCGUCAACAGAGACAGGCUUUCCGGGCGCACAGGAAUUACAUGAUUUUACCUACCGGUGCAAAAAUGACCACCAGGACCCGCCAGUAUUUCGAUAAGGUAUCUGAUAAUCUAGACGCACACGUCUACCCACAUAAUACCCGGCUAACUAGAGAAUUCAAAGCUAUUGAGCACCGGGAGCUUGUAAAGUCAUUGGACAGUCAGAUGAGAAAACUGGAGCACCAACGCCGGGCCCGUAGGUAUGAGCUGUUGGACGGCCUACUCAGUCAGACCAUACCGGUGCACAGGAAUUACAUUAAUCCUGUGCUAAACCCAUAUAGGGGUGAUCCAAAAAAAAUAUUCUGUACACAACUCAAUAGCAUCUAA